AUGACCUCCAUCCCCCAGGCCCUCUGGUCCGCCCAGAUCCCCCUCCACAUCAUCCACCCCUCGCACCCCAACACGCCGCUGGUAACCUCGCUGCCGCGCUUUUCCUACCUCGCCCUGCUGGUUCCACGCUGCUCUGCCUUCUUCCGCGCCCCCGUCUCCGCCUUCCACCAUGAGCAUCUUCUCCUCCGGAAUCUGCCUCUCGGUCUGCUCGUCGAUCUCUACCAGCCUUCCCUGCCCUGGCGCCUCACUGUCAGCGAUGGCGACAGCUGGGACAUUGGAGACACCUUUCUAAACUGUGUCAAGGAGGCAGACUUCGUCCGCUAUGGCAACGCAAAACGCAUAAUGUCGCUAUCUAAAGCGGACACCUCGGCCCUCUGGAAUGCCGUCCAAGACAACGACUUCGCGUCUUUCUCCAAGAUCAACGCCCUCCUUCUCAACGCCCCCACGCCCCUCCGCAACGUGCCCUUGCGGGUGUACAUUCCCUCCUCGCCCCCGCCCGGCACCUCGUCAUCGUCGCCCUCGCUCGCCUCGCCGGCCGCGACGUCCCCGAGACCGCCAGCCUCGCCAUCGACAGCUUCGUCGCAGAAGCACCAGCCACAGCCAGCGCCACCAAUCCUAAGUCUGACGGCGGACCAGCCCUCUUCCACGGGCGCCUACAAGGUCCUUCAGGCCCUUGUGCCUCCGAUAGUGCCGGGCACCCGCAACACCCCCCAGACCCUUGGCCGUGCCCUUCAGUCGCACCUCCCAUCCCUCUUCCCCUCGAGUCGAGACCCAGUCCUUGCCAACGUAGUGCUCCACGGCUCACCUGUGCCCUUCUCAGCUCCCUUAGAGGACCUCAUGCGCGAAGCCGCGUACCCUGACGGGUGGCUUUGCCUAGCCGUCGUUUUGCUGUGA